AUAAACAGCACAAUCACACCUAACAUGACCUUCACUAAAACAUCGCAGAAGUUCGGUCAGUGGGCAGACAGCAGAGCAAACACCGUGUUUGGAUUGGGCUUUCCCUCCGAGCAGCAGCUGACGAAGUUUGCAGAGAAGUUCCAAGAAGUAAAAGAAGCGGCCAAACUAGCAAGAGACAGAUCUCAAGAGAAAAUUGAGACCUCAAGCAAUCAUUCCCAGGAGUCAGGACGUGAAACCCCAUCUUCCACUCGAGCAUCCAGUGUGAAUGGGACAGACGAUGAAAAGGCAUCGCAUGUUGGUCCUGCUGAGGCACAUCUCAAGGCUGAGAAUGAUAAAUUAAAAAUUGCUCUAGCCCAAAGUUCCUCCAAUGUUAAGAAGUGGGAGACGGAGCUGCAGACACUGCGGGAGAGCAACGCCCGGCUGACCACGGCGCUGCAGGAGUCGGCUGCCAGCAUCGAGCACUGGAAGAAGCAAUUCUCAGCCUGCAAGGAUGAAAACGACCAGAUCAGGGGCAAGAUUGAAGAACUAGAGGAACAGUGCAAUGAAAUAAAUAAGGAGAAAGAAAGAAACGCACAGUUGAGUAGACGUCUCCAAGAACUGGAAACGGAACUUCAGGACAAAGAGCUGGAACUGGAAGAGCUCCGAAAGCAGGGUGAAAUUAUACCACAGCUAAUGUCAGAAUGUGAAUCUGUAUCUCAACAAUUACAGGCUGCUGAGAAAAAGAACAAAGAUCUUGAAGAGAAAGUCAGAACACUAAGGACAGAAGUCGAAGAGAGCAAACAUAGGCAGACCAACCUUAAAACUGAAUUAAAGAAUUUUUUAGAUGUACUAGACGGGAAGAUAGAUGAAUUACAUGAUUUCCGACAAGGACUGUCUAAACUUGGGAUUGACAAUUAGAUGGCAAUAGAUUUUUUUUGUAAUCUAGGGUCUGGAUGUUUGAUGUUUUGUUGAUCCCAAAUAUGUGUUUUACAAAAUAUAACUAGAAUGUUCCACUUGUUUGCAUUGGUUUUGUACAUAGAGGCUGAAAAUCUGCUGUGGGGUGUUUCUGGGUAGGUUUUUGGUUUGCUUUGGUUCGAUUUUUUGUUUAUUUUCCAAACCAGUCAUUGCUGCUCGUUGAAUUCUGUUGAGAUUAGAAACUUUCUGUAUUGCUGCUCUGGCUUUGUGGGCUUGGAAACAGGUAGAGGGUUCUGUCUCAGGAAUCUGGAACUAGAUCUACCUAUAAAUGAAUAUGCAGUUAGUUGUUGCAGGGAAAUUUAUAUCUUUCUUAAGGGCUGUUGCAACCAUAGAAACAGAAAACAAGUCUUUUUCUUGUCUGGACUAUCAGCACUCCUAGCAACAUGUACUUUUAUUCCUUGGUGGAGC